AUGGACGCACAGCGCAUCACCGACGUGUAUCGCUUCCAAGGGAGAUGUGCAUUCAACGUCGACUUUCAGCACAAGGAAUUCCGGGUUUGUUGGACCGGAAGCUGGCUCAAGCCACCAAGCCUCGAUGAGUUCCCCAGCUCGACGGAGCAGACUGGGGCGACUAUUGAGCAAAUCCAGCAUAGCUCAGCGGUUGAUGCCAUAUGGUCUCGCUCUCGAGCAAUCGCUCACGGAGCAAACUCACACAUCAGAUUAUUUGUUGAUAGCUUGGAUGACUUCCCCAUCUGCAAAGUCGCCAUCGAUAACCGGCAGCGAGAAAUGAUUGCGGACGAAUUCUCUCUUCUCCGGCAUCUAGCGGCAAUGCAGCCAAAAGCACGAGCUGUACGAACCUCGACUGAGCCGCUUCAGGACGAGGAUGGUAUUUUUGGCUUCAGAAUGAUGAAGCUAAAGCCCGUAACCCAUGACGAGGUGUCGAAAUACUACCAUGAUGUCUUGGAGGUGCUUCGUCAUGUCCACGACGCAGGUGUUGUUCACUACGAUCUUUCAUGGACAAACAUUAUGCUAGAUCAAGAUGGUCAAGUCACAUUAAUAGACUUUGGUCACGCAGGGCUAUCUGAAGCAGAUAUCCCGCUUCACAAGCGGAGGAAGUCGACCCGAGACAGCCACCAAAAGUAUCUCGCUUCGUAUGAUCUUGAAGUCCUCAAAACUUUGCAGCGGUAUGAAAGCAUCUUGCAACACGAUGAUAUUAAGUAA